ACACUUUACUACACGGCAAGAGGAGAGUGCAUGCCAUGCACGAGGCUCCAGGUCCACGUUUGCUGAGAGGAUUUGCGGCGGUUGUUGGGUAAGAUAUCGCCUUAAACAUAGACGAUCUUUGGCCACAAAAGCAGCAACACCAAACAUGGCAGACACCGACACCGCGGCCAAACGUGAAACUGAUAGUAUUGGAACUGAUGAAUUAUCUCAGAAAGCCAAGAGGGCGAAAGCUGACAAUGAGAAUGGUCGAGGAGAAGAUGCAAAGGAAUCUGAAUCUGAAAAUAUUCUGUCUGGGUUUAAAACAUCCAGCGUCUUGAGUGAUUCUGCCCGGGAGAAAAUCAUCUUCAUCCGUGGAAAGCUUGCCGAUCAGGAGGCUGUGGUUGUCCUGGAGAAGACUCCCAUCAGAGAGGACUCCCUGGCUGAGCUCUUCAGUGGUUCCAGGCUGAAGCUGGAGAUGAGGAACGACAUCUACAGCACAUAUCGCUUACAGGCUCCCCCUCACCUCAAUGAGAUCAAGACUACAGUGGUGUGUCCAGCCACAGAGAAGCAUAUAAAGAAAUACCAGCGUCAGGAGAGUUUCCUGGUGGAGGAGACGGGGGAGGACUAUCAGUCCAUCACUCUGCCCUACAUUCAGAAGCAGAGUUUCAGCGUGCAGUGGGUAUACAACAUCCUGGAGAAGAAGGCAGAGGGUGACAGGAUAGUUUAUGAAGAUCCGGACCCGGAGGUUGGCUUUGUCCUCCUCCCAGAUUUGAAAUGGGACCAGAAACAGGUUGAUGAUUUAUACCUGAUUGCCAUAGCACAUCAGAGAGACAUCGGGAGUCUCAGAGACCUGACGUCAGAGCAUCUACCACUGCUGCAGAACAUCUUCCAGAAAGGAAAGGAGGCCAUCCUGCAGCACUACAACCUUCCAGCCAGUAAGCUAAGAGUCUACCUGCACUACCAGCCUUCCUACUACCACCUCCACGUCCACUUCACCAAGCUGGGCUACGAGGCGCCGGGCUGUGGCGUGGAGCGGGCCCACCUCCUCUCAGACGUCAUCCAAAACCUCCAGUCAGACCCCGAGUACUACAAAACCCGGACCCUGUACUUCCCCCUGAGGGCAGACGACGGACUGCUCAGCAAGUUCAAGGAGGCAGGGAGGCUGUAACGUGCUCAUGCACUUAAUCCCCCCAAACGUUGUGUUUUUAGAGUGUCAGACCAAAUCCAAUCAUCUUUUUUGUGUGUGUGUGUUUUUUUUUUUUUUUAUCAGUUUGGUUGACAAAUGGCUGUUUCCUCUGUCAACACUAACAGUGCUAGCCAGUAAGCUGUGCCCUCCUAUCAGUACCUGGUGUACAGAUUGGUUGCUUAGCUACAAAUAUUAUCUCUGUAAAAGAGAUUUUUCUAUCAGUGUCAAUUCCCAACUAAUGUUCCAGAAAAAUACAGUCUAAUUAUUGGAGAAUUUGGCGUUAUUUUAUACAUAUUUGGAUACAUGAUUUGUACAUGUUUGAGUCUGACUCCUCAUCAAGGUGUUUUUAUAAUCCUUUUCAUAUUAUUCCUGCUUUCAUUAUGAGAUAAGAAGAUAACAUAGGAGUGGAUGUGAAGAGUCAAAUUAGUGAAUAAAGGAUUUUUCUGUCAA